AUGCCACCGCGAAUAUCCGUCCCGACCAAGGCUCGCCUUCCCUCGACUCUACGUGUCGACGCCUCCAACCCAGCCGUAAUCAAGUGCAUGACACGCUUAUCGCGUGAUGCGCUGAUAUCGCUAGCGCUGGACUGGCUGGACGACACGGCCGUGCAGAAUGCCAUUCCGUACCUGCGGCGGCCGGGCGAGGACGGCGAGGACGACGACGAUAUGGACGACCUAUACCCUGCCAGCCGGACGGUCGAGGAGCUCCGCCAGACGUACGAGGACAUGAGGCAGCAGAGGGGAUCGAAGCGCGACGUGGUCAGCCGCAUGCUCGAGGGCGACUGGCGCCACGGCAUGACGCUCUACCAGCUCGCCAUGGCCGACCUGGCCUAUUUUGACGAGCACCCCACAUCGCAGCGCUGGAGCGCCUACAGGAUCCUGCCGCUCCAGCAGCCCAACGGCCGGCACGGCAACGCCGACGACCUGGACCCUGACGACCCGCAGGUCCUGGGCAUAGACAGGCAGUCCCUCAAGAUCCCCCGCUUCCACCCGGCCACCUUCCUCCAGACGCUGCAGGAGCAGGUACUUCCCGACGUGAAGGCGCACUACCACUUCUACCGCCCCGAGUCGUUCCCCGUGCUGCUCCUGCGCAUCUUCGUCGUCGACUCCCCCUACAGCACCGACCUGGCCCUCUCGAGCAUCGACCAGUCAGGGUCCGUGGCCAACUUCGAGACGUCGCGCACCAUAUACCUUGCCUUCCCCGACGGCUCCCCCUCCCUGUACAUAUCCAAGUCGCACAGUACCGGGCCGGUAGCCCUGGGCGACUCGAGGAGUCUGCAGAGCCUGGUCGUCGACGGCGUGCCCAAGGCCCUGUCCCGCCCCCGGGAGCGCUUCACUCUGAAAUCCACCAGCCUGUCCAGCCGUAACCUGUGGGCCCUCCUCGACAAGAAAGGUCCGGGGAAGACGAACGCCGCCGGCGGUGGGUGGAGCAUCUACGCAAACGACAAGACGAAGAAGUCCCCCCUGGACUCGAUACCCUCGGCCCCCCCGCUGCUGUUGGCCUCACGAGAGGGCUCGUCUUCCGCCGCUCAGCAGAGGCGCAAGGGCCCUGGUCAGCGGGAGAGGAAGCGUGCCAGGCUCAUUGCCGAGGCGCGCUUCGGCGACUCGGCGCGCGUGAGCGACGACAAGGGCGUUGAGAAGGUCGAAGUCGUCCUGCAAGACCCGUAUCCGACGCAGGAUGACAUGGGUGGGUCUGACGACGACGAUGACGACAAUGAGGGUAUGCCGGGAGCUGGAAACCGCCGCAAGAGCAAGGUCGACGCUACCAUACAAGAGGCAAAUCAGGACCUGGAUGAUGACGAUGCUGCCGCAGACGAGUCAUCACAGUGGUCGCCGGCCGUCAAGCUGACGUUCAAUGGACCGCAUGUGUUUGCGGGCAUACGGCAGCUUAUCGAGGCGGGUAUCAUCGACGGUCAGAGGAUGCCAGGCUGGAUGACAGGUGAGGAGGGUGUGACCACGGGUGUGGUCAGGAAUGGGCGAAUACGAGGGCACAAGGGGUCGGGCAUGUGA